GCGCUGCCGGACUGGGAGGACCAGUUGGCCUCAGUUUCCAAGAGGGCGGAGAAGGAAGCGUUCCCAGAAAUAAAAAGAAAUUGACGUAACGGGUUUUCUUGAAACGCCGGUUCCUGUGAGCGAGGAUUAGAUCCUGUGGGGUUUUAGUGGCGGUGAAUCGGGAGGGAGGCAGGAAGCCGGCUCUAUCAAUCAGUUUUAAAUAAAGCGUUCUGUUGUCGGUGGGCCUGGCUCGGAGAGCGGCGGAGCUGCGGCCAUGAGGAGUUUGCCGUAUUUCUGCCGCGGGGAGGUCGUGAGAGGAUUCGGCCGAGGCAGCAAGGAGCUGGGGAUCCGCACAGCUAACUUCCCAGACAGUGUCGUAGACAACCUACCAAGUGACAUUACUACUGGUAUUUACUAUGGCUGGGCCUGUGUUGGUAAUGGUGACGUGCAUAAAAUGGUUAUGAGCAUUGGUUGGAACCCAUACUAUAAAAAUACAAAAAAAUCUAUGGAAACGCACAUUAUUCAUACUUACAAAGAAGAUUUUUAUGGGGAAAUACUCAGCAUAGUUAUUGUUGGAUAUAUCCGAGCAGAGAAGUCAUUUGAAUCAUUAGAUUCUCUAAUUACAGCAAUUCACAAUGAUAUUUCUGAAGCAAAGGAAAAGCUAGAUCUGCCAGAACACCAGUGCAUGAAGGAUGACAACUUCUUCAGGUCACAUGAAAACAAUAUAAUGAAUGGCCAUUGACCAAAGUUUGUGCAACUGUGGCCUCUUCUUAUCGUGUUCCCUUUAAUUUUAGGCAAUUGUUAACUUAGCAUAACAUAACUGUGCUGAACCCUGACCAGACUUUUGUUCUAAAUGUCAUAGAUGAACUCAUGAAGAAAAUAAUACAUUUUACAAAAAUAAUAUUCAGAUGCAGACGUCUGUUAUUUAAAAUUUACUAGCUAUGCAGUUGCUUUUAAUAACUACUGAAAUCUUAAAUGUCUUUUAUGUGCUUUAAUUUUGGCAAUCUCAGUUGAUAAAAUGUGAGGCUAAAAGUGAUAGUGUGACUGUAAUAGGUGAAAGCUUAAUGUGUCGUAUGACAUCUGUCUUAGACGGGGCAUAAAUUCAUUAAUACCUCAUAAAAUGUAGAUGUUUGAGGAAGUCCUAUGAGAAUGUUAGAAGUAUAUUCACUAAAAAUCUAUAACAGUAGAUUUUAAGCCUAUGUUUCUGCUACUAAGAUCUGCUCAAGAGCAAUACCCUUAAACAGGAUGGCCUUUCUUUCAACAAAAACUGUUAAAUCUGUGAUUGCAUUUAUAUUACUGUGCCCAGCUACUUGGAGUAUUUAAUGAUUUGAGAUAACCUUGUGCGUCAGAUUUCUUUUCCGAUGGUACAAAAAUGUUUACAAGCAAAUCUUAAUCACCAAAACCUAUUACGUUGCAUGUAAUACCAAUCUUGUUCUCUUCAAUUCCUUAACUUUUUGUUUUCAGUCAUCUUUCAAAACAAAACUGUACUUUCUUUUCCAUUUCAUUGUCUUUCUAACUUUGCCUCUGUGGUUUUUUUUAGACAGAAGAGCCAGUACUUUUGUUGGCUUCAAGCACUGCUCAAAGUUCAUUGUCGCAGAUGACAGUUGUUUGUCUAUGCAAAAUGAAUCUCUAGUAUCUGAAUGCUUUAUAUUUGUCCCUGUGAUAUUGCAAAUUAGCAGCACAAAAAUCCCAACAUCUGUGCACAGCAUUAUAAAGAUCACUCGUUGCUCUUAUGAUUGAUUAUUUGCAUUAAAAUUAUAUUUUUUGUCCUCUAUAUGUUGGCACUGCCAAGAUUAGGCAACAUAAAGAAAGCCAUACCUUCUGGUAGUGUACUUAAUAUGCAUCAAAACCCAGGGGCUAAGAUUUAGGGAAUUUUCUGUAACCUGUAAUUGAUAUUGAAACUUUAUGAUUCAGUCACCAUCCUGUUUGAUGUGGAUUGAGGUAAACUGGCCUACUAUUUCUGUAUUUUUUUUUUUGUCUUUACCCAUGUACCAAGAAGGAGUAUUUGAUUUAAAGGCAUUCGCAUGAGGAAUAACACACUUUCAGUAUUAGUGAAUGCCCUUUGGGUGCUCUCCAUUUCUAAGUAACAGCUAAUGCUUUUCCCAUUGCAAAUGCCAGGGAACUGUAUCCACUCAUCUGUAACUGCCGUCUGUAAGUUUUGAAUGGUAUAGAUGUCUGUACAGAAUACUAAUCCUGUCACUAUUACAUGAUAGAAAAUAACAAUCUAUGAUUUCAUGUUCCCUUUUGGACAUCAAUUAGGCACAGGGUAGAAUUCUUGAGUGGCUCCUCAAUUUUCAUUGAUCCGUUUUACAACCAGUUAUUUCUGUACAUUUCUUUAGAAAUCCUGAUGUUUGAGUAACAGAAACCUAUCUGCUAUGUAUUUAUUUUCGUCACCUGAAAACAUUUGCGGUCAUGACGAAGAAUAUUGUAAGGAGAGGAUUUACUGUUACAUAAUUUACCUCUACCAAAAUAUGCCCACAUUGGCAGUAUGCGCAGCAUAGUACUUUGUAGAACUAAUGAUACUGCACAGUUAUUAAAUUACAUCUUAUUGUAAUUCUGUAGGAAAGGAAUCCAAUAGCGUAAAACCGAUUUAAAGGAAUGAUAAAAGGAGCUUCAUGAAAUUUCAUCAUAAUAAAUUAAAUUGUCUGUGCUCAUAAUUUUAUCAGUCAUUGUCCCAUUUCCUUGCAUUGUAGGUGCUAAAACUAAGCAAAAACUAAAUCGCUCAUUCUGCUUUAAACUAGAAAAAGGCAUAGUCUAUUCCUUUCCAUUGAGGUGGGGGGGGGAUAAAAACAUAUUUUAAAAGUCUGAGUAUGUCAGUGCAUUACGCCUUAAGUUGUUUUGGGUUAUUUAUGGUUUUAAUAAAAAUGCAGGAGUCUGUAAGUGAUGGAGACAAUUUUAAUGUAUUUAUCAAGCACUCAUCAGUAGAGGAGGAAUUUUAUUAUUUUCGUUAUGAAGUGCUCCUUUGUUUUGCUCCUCAUGUCAAACCACCAUGUUUACUGCAAACAGUUAUGACACUCGUACCUUUUACAACUCCAUAUGCAUUCUCCAUUUUAAAAUGAAAGGUCCCUACACUUAAGGGCUGGGAGUCCGAUAUGAUAUGAAAUAAGAAUGUUUAACCUUAAUGUCCCUAUCCAUUAUUAUGAGAAAUGUGCAACAAAUAUUGCACUAGUGUAAGAAGCCAUAAUUAAACUGUUUUUUUAUGUAAUUUAUUUAAAAUCAAGACCAAAUUUCAUGUAUGUAUUUUUUGUGGCAACUUGCAUUAUUUCUUUUUGACUGCUAAGUUGAGAUUUUAAUAUAUGGAACAUAUCACAUUCAUGUUUUCUUUUAAUGUUCGGGUCUGGCUAUGUGAUUUAUCUUUGCAAAGCUUACAAUGUUAGGAAAUUGAUUUGUUUUCAGGCUCUUUGUAGGCUUGUAUUGUAUGGAAUAAAGAUCUAACUUCA